AUGACUGAUGAGCCCCCUAAUGGUAAAGAGAGCGUACUUGAUAUCUUAGCGGGUUUCGCUUUCGAUGAAGGGCACCAAACGGUCCUCAGAGAUGCACAUACAAUAACACCAGCGAGGAGGUCCAUCAGAAAGGUCAAGGCUGAGUCGGGAAGCCCUAAGAAAAGGCCUCGAUCGGCUACUAAGAGGAGGAUGUCGAAUAAAGAGGCACUGCAGCGACAUCGAGGAUUCCCCCCAAGCAUUGGCGACUCCCCAAGAGUGUUGAUACUGGGCUCGGCACCCUGCGAGAUGUCUCUCGAGAAGGGACAGUUCUACGGCAACCCCCGGAAUCACUUUUGGGCUGUUAUGGCCUACGCAAUGGAUGACCCUACAUUCCCCAUGCUUGACUUCGAAGCACGGUGUUCAGUCCUGCACUCUCGAGGUAUCGCCUUAUGGAACAUCUGUGAUGUGUUUACGCGCUAUAAGAGCUCUGAUGCCACUUUGCACUGUGAAGAGUACACGGACAUUGCUGGCCUGCUGGUCGAGCACCCAACGAUCGGGUACAUCCUCUGCAACGGCAGUGCGUCUUAUGAUUGCAUGUUGAAGUAUGACCUGGCUGCCCGGCUGGAAGUCAGUACAGGUCUACAGCCGACGCCUCUAUCUCUCGCUACUCAGGCUCGAGGCGCCGCCCAAGCAGUAGAUCUGCCGGUGAUACUGAAGCUGCCAUCAACUAGCCCAGCUAACGCCAUGGCUGACCCUGUUGGAACGAAAGGGAAGGUGUGGAAGGAGAAGCUUCAGGAAGCACUUAGUGGCUCUCAAUGUCGAUGA